GGCGAGCUAAUGUCCUUUUCAAACCAUCUAUAAUCUGAUGCGAACUUUGUUUUAUAUUAACACUAGGUUUAAUUCAAUUCAACCAAGAAAAUCUCUCCAUAACUCGUUCUUCAUACACCAAAAGCCACAAUGGCUCCCUUUAUCCUCCUCCUAGCUUUCUUCUUAGCCCUUAUACUACUAGUUAUAAUCUUCAUCACGUACUCCAUCAUUUGGAUUCCAUACAAAAUUCAACGUCAAUUCUACAGACAAGGGAUCAAAGGUCCUGGUUACCAUCCCAUUUAUGGGAAUACUCCAGAAUUUAAGCAGGAAUUUGACCGUACGUACACCAAACCCGUGGGUUCAUUCAGCCAUGACAUUGUCCAUCGGCUGGAUCCACCUUACCACAAGUGGACUGCGUUGUACGGUAAAACAGUGCUAUUUUGGCAAGGAAUUGUUCCUUGGAUCAUUCUAUCCGAACCUGAAAUGUUAAAAGAGGUUUAUCUAAACAAAUCGGGUCAUAUUGUUAGAGGCAAGAUUUCACCCCCAGUUGACCUACUCUUUGGCCAGGGACUCUUCAACUUGGGCGGUGACAAAUGGUCCCUUCACCGCAAAGUUGCCAAUCCGGCUUUCAUGAUCGACCAAGUUAAGUCAUGGAUACCAGAAGUUGUGGAUAGCGUUGAAAUGGUUGUAAAAAAGUGGGAAGAUGAGAUAGAAGAAAGAAAUGAAACAGAAGUGGAAGUGAUGCAGGAGUUUCGUCUCCUCUCAUCAGAAAUUUUAUCAAGAACAGCUUUUGGUAGUAGCUAUGGAGAGGGAAAGCACAUUUUUGAGUUAGAAGACCAACAAGCUAAAUUGGUUUUGAAAGGUUUAAGGACUGCUUACAUCCCUGGUUUCAGGUUUUUGCCGACUCAUGACAACAGAAUAAGGUGGAAAAUCGAGAGGAAGAUCCGAAGCCUUAUAACAAAGUUGAUUAUUAACAAGGACCAAGAAGAAGUAGGAAACUCGAAAAGCCUGCUUAAUUUUCUACUAAAUGGAGGAUUGCCAUUCGAAGAAGUGAUUGAUGAAUGCCAAGCUUUCUACUUUGCUGGAAAAGAAGCAGUCACGAUACUUAUGACUUGGACAAUUGUGCUUCUAUCAAUGCAUCAAGACUGGCAAACCAAGGCGCGGGAAGAAGUUUUUCGAGUUUGGAAGACCAAUAAAGAAUUUCCAAAUGCAGACACUUUGAACGACUUGAAAGUUGUAAGUGUAAUCUUAAACGAUUCAGUUAGUGUGUGAUAUUAUGAUUAACUUGUAAUCAUGUUGAUAUUUUUCAAACAGGUGAGUCUGAUAAUCAACGAAGUACUUCGACUCUACCCUCCGGUUCCAACUACAUUUAGGGAAGCAUCUAAAGACAUGAAGGUCAAAAACGUCAAUGUUCCAGCUGGUACAAAGUUUUAUUUGCCUAUAGCUGCAGUUCAUCACGAUACUGAAUUAUGGGGAGAAGAUGCUACUGAGUUUAAUCCACAAAGAUUUCUGGACCCGCGGAAGCAUUUGGUCUCAUUUUCUCCAUUUGGUUUAGGUUCCAGAACAUGCAUUGGUCAAAAUUUCGCGGUGAUGGAAGGGAAAAUUAUCUUGGCUACGUUACUCAAACAUUUUACUUUUCGUCUAUCGCCGUCAUAUGUUCAUGCACCCGUGAUGUUUCUCACUGUCGCGCCUCAAUUUGGUGCCCAGAUCCUCGUCAGCAAGAUUUCAAGCUGACCAUUGAAGUCACACCUUCUGUACUUUCUUCAUAAAUCAGUUUAAAAGUUCCUUACUUUUGUUCGACUUAAAAACACUUUGAAAUUUUAUCAUGUAUGUGCCUGUUACAUUUUAUUGCACCAGAACUGAGUAAGAAUUUUCGAUUGUUGUUGAUUCAUCAAAUGAUGCUGUAACAAAGUAAUAAACACUGCUUUUCCCCCAAACUCCAUCGACCAAGGGUUUCUCACAGGCCUAUUAUCAAAGCCUGAUGAAGUCCAUCAGAUCAUAAUGGGCCUACUCUAAUUCCACUUGACCCUUAAGGAAAUAAAAAUCCAAAUCAAGAUAUUUUU